AUGUCUGGCAGAGCCCCAUUCACCUUCACUAUGAGGGGAAUCAUACUUGCACUAGUGCUCACCCUCGUAGGUGGUCAGAAGUUUGACAUCGACCCUGAGUUCAGUAGCAGAAAGAGCUACCUGUACAGUUAUGAAGGCUGGGUGUUGAAUGGGCUUCAAGAAAAGAAUUUGGCCAAAGCUGGAGUGCGCCUGAGCAGCAAACUGGAGAUCAGUGGGCUGUCGGAGAACACCUACCUCCUCAAGAUCCGCUCCCCACAGCUCGAGGAGUACAAUGGCAUCUGGCCCAGGGACCCAUUCACUCGAUCUUCCAAAAUCACCCAGCUGCUUUCCUCAUGCCUUACCCGGCCCUUCAAGUUUGAAUACAGCAGUGGACGGGUUGGAAACAUUUAUGGCCCAGAAAACUGCCCUGAUACUUGUGUUAACAUAGUGAGAGGAAUACUGAACAUGAUACAGAUCACCAUUAAAAAGUCACAGAAUGUGUAUGAAUUGCAAGAGGCUGGGAUUGGAGGUGUUUGCCAUACAAGGUAUGUCAUCCAGGAGGACAAGAAGAACGGCCGAGUCUCUGUUACCAAAACUGUAGACCAAAAUAAUUGCCAGGAAAAAGUGGUGAAGAGUCUUGGAACGGCUUACAUCUACCCCUGCCCUGCUGACGUGAUGAAAGAAAGGAUCAUCAAAGGGACUGCAGCUUUCUCCUACAAGCUGAAGCAGUCGGACAGUGGUACCCUGAUCACAGAGGUGGUGUCUCAGCAGGUGUAUCAGAUCUCGCCCUUCAGUGAACCCACCGGCGUCGCCGUCACGGAAGCAAAACAGCAGCUCAGCUUGCUUGAGGUGAGGAGUGAGCGGGGCAGCUCCCCAGACGUCUCCAUGCAGAGCUACGGAGGCCUGCGGUACCAGUUCCCAGCAGCACUGCCACAGAUGGCAGUGCAGCUCAUCAAGACCAAAAACCCUGAGCAACGGAUAAUUGAAACCCUGCAGCACAUAGUCCUGAAUAACCAGCAAGAUUUCCAUGAUGAUCUCCCAUACCGUUUCCUGGAGCUGGUCCAGCUCUGCCGCACCACCAGCGCUGACACCUUUGAGUCCCUCUGGAGACAAUGUUCAGACAAACCCCGCUACAGGAGAUGGCUGCUGAGUGCAGUUUCUGCGACAGGCACCGCAGAAGCUCUCAAAUUCCUCAAGAGCAGAAUCCGCAGUGAUGACCUUAGCUACCUGCAGGCUCUUCUAAGUGUUCCCUUUGCUCUCCAUUUAACUAAAGCUGAUGAACACACUGUUCCAAUAGCAGCAGAUUUAGUGACAAGUUCUCGUAUCCAGAAAAAUCCCAUGCUUCAACAACUUGCCAGCUUGGCAUACAGUUCUGUGGUGAAUAGAUACUGUUCUCAGACCUCAGCUUGUCCUAAGGAAGCUGUCCAGCCCAUCCAUGACCUGGCAGAUGAGGCAAUCAGCAGGGGCCGGGAGGACAAAAUGAAAUUAGCCCUGAAGUGCAUUGGCAACAUGGGAGAACCCGCCAGCAUCAAGCGCAUCCUCAAGUUCCUUCCCAUAUUUUCAUCCAGUGCUUCUGAUAUCCCCAUCCACAUUCAGAUUGAUGCCAUAAUGGCCUUGAGAAAAAUUGCUUGGAAGGACAGCAAAACAGUGCAGGGAUAUCUCAUCCAGAUCCUCGCUGACGAGUCGCUGUCCCCCGAAGUGCGGAUGAUGGCUUGUGCUGUUAUCUUUGAGACAAGGCCUGCCCUUCCCUUGAUAACAACCAUUGCCAAUGUGGCCAUGAAGGAGAGCAAUUUGCAAGUGGCCAGUUUUGUGUAUUCCCAGAUGAAGGCUUUGUCCAAGAGCAGGUUGCCCUAUACGUACAACAUAUCUUCAGCUUGCAAUAUUGCCCUUAAGCUGCUGGCCCCCAAACUGGACAGGCUGAGCUAUCGCUACAGCAAGGUCAUACGUAUUGGUGGUUACUUUGAUAAUUAUAAAAUUGGUGCUGCUGGAGAUGUCUUUGUUAUGAACAGCCCAGGAACCAUGUUCCCAUCAGCAAUAAUUUCCAAGCUGAUGGCAUAUUCUGCAGGGUCGGUGGCUGAUUUGGUGGAGGUCGGUGUCCGUGUGGAAGGCCUCACAGAUGUCAUCACGAAACGAAAUAUCCCAUUUGCUGAGUAUUCCACCUACAAAAAGAUAAAGGAGAUUGGAAAAGCUCUGCUGGGAUGGAAGGAGCUGCCAACAGAAACCCCCUUGAUCUCAGCCUACUUCAAGCUCUUUGGCCAAGAGCUGGCCUACAUCAGCAUCAAUAAGGAAGUGCUGCAGCAGGCUGUGAAGGCUGUGCUGGAGCCCGCGGACAGGAGCGCGCUGCUGAAGAGGCUGGCUGCCCUCCUGCGCAGCGGCGCCGCCGGGCACGGGACACAGCCCCUGUGGCUGGCAGAGCUGCGCCACGUCCUGCCCACCUGCACCGGGCUGCCCCUGGAGUACAGCUCCUACGGCACUGCCAUGGCCAGGGCUGCAGCCAGCGUUGAUGGAAAGAUAGCUCCUCCUUUAACUGGAGACUUUAAACCUUCCCAGUUGCUUGAAUCCACUGUGCAGAUCCGCUCUGACAUAACCCCCAGCUUAUACAUACAGAAAUUUGCAACAAUGGGUGUCAACACAGAAUAUUUCCAACAAGCUGUGGAAAUUCAAGGCAAGGUCCUGACAAGAGUGCCAAUAAAGUUUGAUGCCAAGAUAGACAUGAAGCUGAAAAAUAUUAAGAUUGAAACAAAACCAUGCCGUGAGAAAACUGAGAUAGUGGUUGGAAGCCAUAAAGCUUUUGCUGUAUCAAGAAAUUUAGGAGAACUAGGUGUUGAAAAGAGAACCUCAAUUCUCCCUGGAGAUGCUUCAUCAAAUAUAGUGGAAGAACCUUUCAAACCAUCAGAUAGGGCUUCCAGUGAAGAUUUCACAAAGCAAGAAGCUGACAGCACAUCAAAGAAACAUGGCUAUAGCUCCCAGGAGGAUCUUCGCCACGUUGUGGGAAGAAAAUCAAAAAAACAAGACAUUUGUGUCAAGGUGCAUCAUCUUGGGUGUCAGAUCUGCUUUUCCAGAAGGUCACGAGAUGCCAGUUUUCUAAAAAAUACGUAUUUGCACAGACUCGUCGGAGAGCAUGAAGCUAAAAUAGUCUUGACCCCAGUUGAAACAGAGGCUGGUAUUGACAAAAUUCAGCUGGAGAUUCAGGCAGGAUCCAGAGCAGCUUCCAAAAUAAUUCGUGAAGUAAACUCGGAGUCUGAGGAAGAGGGUGAAUCAUCUCUGCAGGAGGACAUUCAAGCUAAACUGAAGAAGAUUCUAGGCAUUGAAAGUGUGUUCAAGGUUGCAAAUAAAACACGACACCAGAAGAAGCGACCUUCAAAGAAAGAAAACACUGUGCUUACAGAGCUUGGGGCAGACCCUGAUACAAAACAUCCCUCCAGCUCAUCUUCUGCCUCCUCAGCUGUCUCCUCUUCCUCAUCAUCUGCUGUCUCUGCUCGUCGUAAAGAGGCUGGUGAUGAGGAUGAGAACGACCAAGAAGAGCAAGCGAAAAACAAAGAUGCAAGCAGCAAGAGCAGCAGCAGCAGCAGCAGAAGUAGCAAGAGCAGCAGCAGCAGUAGCAAGAGCAGCAAGAGUAGCAGCAGUGGCAGAAGUAGCAAGAGUAGCAGCAGCAAGAGCAGUAGCAGCAGCACUAGUGGAAGAAGUAGCAAGAGCAGUAGCAGCAGCAGUAGCAGUGGCAGAAGUAGCAAGAGUAGCAGCAAGAGCAGCAGCAGUAGUGACAAAAGUAGCAAGAGCAGCAGCAGUAGCAGCAGUAGUGACAAAAGUAGCAAGAGCAGCAGCAGUAGCAGCAGUAGUGACAAAAGUAGCAAGAGCAGCAGCACAAGAGCAUCACUGAGCCACCAUAGCCACGAACAUCAUUCAGGACAUCUGGAAGGUGGCAGCAGCAGCAGUGCAUAUUCCAAAAUAUGGGAAGCUCAUGAGAUUUAUCAGUACCGCUUUAAAUCACUGCACACACAAGAGUUUCCAAAAACAAAACUCGCAGAUGACCAAAUUAGCAGCUCACAUUCCUCUGCCAGAUCCAGUCGUGCCUCAUCUCGAGCUUCAUGGCCGAAGUUUUUGGGGGAUGUUAAAGCACCAGUAUUAGCUGUUUUUCUGCAUGGCCUCCGUGAUGAUAAGAAGAUAGGAGGCCUCCAGCUCGUGGUAUAUGCUGAUAUCGACUCCAUCAAGCCUCGGGUGCAGGUGUUUGUGUCAAACCUCACAGACUCAAGCAAGUGGAAGCUCUGUGCUGAUGCUUCAGUCCUCAAUGCUCACAAGGCAGCGGCUUACCUGAAAUGGGGGCGGAAUUGCCAGGACUACAAGGUUUCAUCUGAGCUGGUAACUGGGAAGUUUGCUGCCCACCCUGCUGUUCAGGUGAAACUGGAGUGGCCUAAAGUUCCUUCCAGUGUCAGAUCCAUAGCAGAAUGGUUUUACAAGUUUGUCCCUGGGGCUGCAUUUAUGCUGGGGUUCUCUGAGAAAACGGACAAGAAUCCUUCUCGACAAGCCAGGGUGAUCGUGGCUCUAACUUCUCCAAGAACAUGUGAUGUUGUUAUCAAGCUUCCUGAUGUUACCCUCUAUGAAAAAGCCAUGAGGCUUCCCCUGUCACUUCCUGUAGGUCCAAGGAUACCAGCUUCAGAGCUGCAGCCUCCCAUCUGGAAUGUCUUUGCUGAAGCCCCUUCUGCAGUACUUCAGAAUUUGAAAGCUCAAUGCUCAGUUUCCUCCAACAAGAUCACAACCUUUAAUGAAGUUCGGUUUAACUACACGAUGCCAGCAAACUGCUACCACAUCUUGGCGCAGGAUUGCAGCUCUGACCUUAAGUUCCUGGUGAUGAUGAAGAAUGUAGAAGAAGCUGUGAACCUGAAAGCAAUCAACAUCAAGCUUGGCAAUCACGAGGUCGACAUGCGCCCCGCGAGCGGCAGGGUGAGGCUGCUGCUGGACGGCGCCGAGAGCCCAACGAACGUGUCAUUGACAUCUGCUGGUGCUUCUCUGUGGAUCCAUAGUGAAAAUCAAGGGCUUGCACUUCUUGCCCCAGCCUAUGGCAUUGAUAAACUGUACUUUGAUGGAUACACAUUCAAGAUCCAAGUUGCUUUAUGGAUGGCAGGGAAAAUGUGUGGACUGUGUGGAAAAUAUGAUGCAGAAUGUGAACAGGAAUAUCGGAUGCCCAAUGGAUAUAUAGCUAAAGAUGCAGUGAGCUUUGGGCAUUCUUGGAUUUUGGAAGAAAAGCCUUGUAGAGGAGCCUGCAAGCUGAGGCACUCCUUUGUGAAGCUGGAGAAGGCGGUGCAGCUGGCCGGGGUGGAGUCCAGGUGCUACUCCACGGAGCCCGUGCUGCGCUGCACCAAGGGCUGCUCUGCCACCAAGAGUGCCCCCGUCACCGUGGGCUUCCACUGCCUCCCUGCUGAUUCAGCUACCAGCCUGACAGAGAAGCAGACAAAGUUUGACCAGAAGUCAGAGGAUAUUCAGGACACUGUUGAUGCACACAUAGCAUGUUCUUGUGAGGAUGCAGCCUGCAGUGCAUGAAGCUGUACAUCUGCAGUGUAGAAGAAAAAAGAAAUACUUUCAUGUUUUUAUUGUGUGGUGUAAAAAACCUUGUCUUAAGGAAUAAUAGAGAUACUAAAUUAAGUACUUGAGGAUGUAUGGAAUCUUCCCAAGUAAUUUAAAGUAUUAAACUUUAUUAUUGUAAAAAGUGUUAUGAUUGCCCGUAAAUAUCUGAUUUCAUAAUAAAUCCA